ACCAGCAAUGACGGAGAUGUUUUCAUAAUGUAUACAUUCUAAUUUAAUAAUGCCAAAGGGUAUUUGAAAGCAAGUAUUUUCUAAUUAAAAUUAGAUAAUAUGACUAGCAAACGUGUACUUCAGGAUGACAACGUAGACUUUCCUGUACACGGAAAUAUUUGUAAACAAACAAAGAAACAAAGCAUUGUGGACUGCCGGCCUCACACUGUGAGGAAGGUCUUGGAAAAAAGUAACCAGUAGACGACCCACUUUGAUGUCUCACACCCCCACCAAGAAAAGACGUACGUCUUUAUACACUGGAGCGCCUCCACGCAGUCUCCCACUGAGCUGAUCCUGAUCACGGUGGAUGACACUCACAGCUGCAUUAAAACACAUUCAACUUCCGGAAGCUUCUGCAGGCUGACUGACAUGCGCAGUAGAGUCACAACACAUCACCACGGCAACCAUCUUUCACAGCGAGUGCCCGGCAGCAUCACUGGCUUGUGAUCAUCUCCCGUUGGCCGCAGAGCAGAGAAAACCGCACCGUGUUCAAGCAGCUGUGCAGUCAUGGUGAAGCUGGGCAGCAAUCUGUCUGAUAAGAUGGAGAAACAGCCGUCUGCAGAUGAUGGCUUUGAUAACAUCCCCCUCAUCACACCCCUGGAGGUCAGCCAGCUCCAGCAGUCAUUUGCAGACAAGGUCACCGUAAAGACGUCCACCCAUUACCGGCAGCAGCAGCCAAAGAAGAAGAAGUUGUUUAUGCCCAACAUCGAGAAGCUGAACAUCAGCUUUUACAAAGAUGUCUCAGACAGAGCCAAGAUAACAGGUCUGAUCCUCAUCAUGUUGGCCUUCCUGACUAGCCUGCUCCUUCUGCUCAUGUACAAAGCCAUGUGGUACAACCGUCUCACCUGCCCAGAGGGGUUCAUCCUUCAGCAGAGGCACUGCACUCCGGCCGCUCUGGAGAUGUUCUCCGCCGCCGAGCAGCAGAACCCAUCAGACAUCCAAGGCGGCACCAACUCUGGGCUGUACGCAGCCCUCAGCCGCCUCAACCAGGUCAAAAGAACAGGACCUGGGCUGCCAUCGCCGUGGUUACCGGUCAUCAGAGCUCUGAAGGAACCCGACAGAGCCAAAGAAGAAAGCCAUCAGCAAGGCAAAGGUGAACUCGUGGGAGAUGAGUAAAAAGAUGACAUGCUUAUUGUUGCUUCAUGUAUGUUCAUGUGCAGGUGGUCGGUCAUACUUCAUUGCAGACCAUAAUCAUAUUGUGUGUGUGUAUGAUAGCGGCUGUGGUCUAAGGCAGGAAUGUUUUCCAAGUGUUGGAAAAUGUCGUGACUAAACUCGGCUAUUCCACACACAUACAGUAUAUACAUCACACCACACACACACACACACAUGGGUGCAUGUAUGCACAUUUGCGUACAGUAUGUGUGUGUGUGUUCUCAUUAGCACUUGCUCUUACAGCUACCAUUCAAGCUUAAAAAUAUAUCCUGUAACAUGUUAUUAAAAAUGUGAGUGUGAAAACAUCCAAACAAGAAGAAUUGCUUAAUUUAUUAUAAAUACACUGAUUCAUAAUGUAACACUCAUUCCCAUCGUUGGAUGAAUAUGAAUGUACAGUAUAUGAGGUAGCACCUCUUAUCUGCACUGUUCCACUGUCGUGUGUUCUUUUUACAGAAUUAACGUACUAUUUGUAUGUAACAUAGCAUAUCUAGCGUCCAUACAUUGAUUUUGAAUGUAUAGUGAAGGUACGAACACUUUUAAACAGACAUCAGCUGAUUAUUAAUAUCCAUUGGUUGUUAUUAAAGUGUCUUUACCAUCUUAAUUCUGUAUUUGAAGCGGUGGUUAUGUCUUUGUGUCGGAGGAGUGUGAAAUCACAGCACAGCUUGUCCUUACAUCACAUCCAUCUGCUCUGAUGUCACCAUCUGAACGCAAAUUAAUGCGCUGACCUUUUUUUUUUUAAAUCAGUCAUGUUUUCACUUCAAUCUACUUAUAACGACGGUAGUGAACCAAUGGGUCGGGAACCAGAUGCCACUUUUUUGAUGAAUGCAUCAGGUUCUAGAUCAAUUUUUAUUUUUUGUUGCUGACAUUUUAAAGUAAAAUAUUACAGAUGUUAAAAAUAACAUUCAUAACAUAACACUUUUGUAUAGGUUCUGAUAGGGGUGGAUACCAGGAUGCGGCGACAGACACCAGUUAAGAGCAAUUUGGAGUCUUUAUUAGAUAGACUUGGCUCAGGAAGCAAGGACUUCAUAGAAAAAACACAAAAUCACCGCCUGUAAAGGAAUAACAAUGCAAUGGACAAACACACUAUAGGGUGGCCCACUGGACGCUUACAAGGUUAGAGGUGAGAGUACGAUGCUGCAACCACAAGCUGUGGGGGAGCAGGAAAAAUAGGAAUACUCAUGAAAAUGGUGCAGGAAGUUAGGGAUCGAGGGGAGACCCAAAAUAGUUGAAACAACAAUAUAAAACCAGACAACAAAACAAAACGGGACAACUUUCUUGCAUGCAUUUUAAUCCUUCUUAAUCCUUCUAGCAAAGUGGGUGGCCUGAGCCAAAGCCAGCUGUCACCAAAACUUGAUUAUUACUGGAUAACAGUAGCCUAACCCGGGUCAUUGAGAGGUGAAGAAGUAAAUCUAGUUUUAUUUUUCCUCUUUUCUGAUAUUAUAAUAUAAAACAAGCAAGAAAAACAAUCUAUGGGGUAAUUUAAAGAUCCUACAAUUUAGAACAUUUGCCAAAAAUACCUUGUAAUACCUUAACGUAAAUCUGCCACCUCCAUUUUUUUAAUAGUAUCUACACAUCUGAACAGUAAAAUAACAGGUUGGCUUUUAAUUUGUCCCAAGUGGCCCAUAGCGCUGUGCCAACUUUAAUACCCUUGGAAUCCAAAUUCCUUAACUCAGCUGUUGUUGACGUGUGAAUGGAGUCUGCGCUGAUGCAAAGAAUUUUAUCAUCCUUUGCAUAUAUUCUUCAAAGUCAAGCAAAGAAUGACAUUUCAUAUUACAGGUUCUCAUGUAAAAUUAUGUGAAGUACCUAUAAUAAUAAUAAUAAUAAUAAUAAUAAUAAUAAUAAUAAUAAUAAUAAUAAUAAUAAUAAUAAUAAUAAUAAUAAUAAUAAUAAUAAUAAUAAUAAUGAAUUUAAUUUUAUAUGGCGCUUUUCAAGGCACCCAAAGCGCUUCAUCUGUAGCCACAGCUGCCCUGGGGUAGUCUGACAGGAACAUGGCUGCCAAUUCCCCCCAUGGCCUCUCCCACCACAACGCUCAAACAUUUAUUCACAUUCAUACACCCGUCUUGGCAACAGGAGGAAAGGUAUGUGAAGUGUCUUGCCCAGGGACACGACAACAGUGGCUGGUUGGAGUGAGCAAAGAUUGAACCACCAACCUUCCAGUUUCUGGAUGACCUACUUUACCUCCUGCCACCACUGCUGCGGCAAAACAUAUUUUAGUGGUCAUAAUAAUAUUUAGGGCCGCACGGUGGAAUGUAGGCCACACAGUCUGGAGAUCGGGAAGACCUGGGUUCGAUUCUCUGUGUGGAGUUUGCAUGUUCUCCACGUGCAUGCGUGGGUUUUCUCCGGGUAUUCUGGUUUCUUCCCACAUUCCAAAAACAUGUUAGGUUAAUUGGGGACUCCAAAUUGUCCAUAGGUAUGAAUGUGAGUGUGAAUGGUUGUUUGUCUAUAUGUGCCCUGUGAUUGGCUGGCGACCAGUCCAGGGUGUACCCCGCCUCUCGCCCGAAGACAGCUGGGAUAGGCUCCUUACCAGAAAAUAAGAAUCCUGUAAACAUGUUAAUAAAUAUAGUAAUACAUUUACAACAACACUGAACAUCAAACUAUUUAAAAUAUGCCAGGUGCAUUUACACUAUGCAAUAACAAUAUAGGAAAACUAAAAACUAAACUAUAUACAAAAGCGAUAUAAAAUACCUAUACAUACAAUAUAAUCCAGAAAUAUGCACAAAAACGGUGGUUGCAGAGAUACUUAUUGUUUCUGUAGGUCAUUAGCAUUCGCCUAUUGAAGUCAUCCCUCAUUUAUCACGGUUGUUUGGUUCCAGACCUGACCAUAAUAAGUGAAUUUAGUCAGAUUCAAUGCUGAUAAAUGAAAUAUUUUUGCACUUAUAGCAUGGAAAACCUGUUUAUGACCUUGUAAAUACAGUUUUAACAUUAUUAGAGCCCUCUAGACAUGAAAUGACGCCCUUCCUGUCACCUUUAUGUUCAUAUUAGCCAACAUAGUAGACAUAAUCAAAGAAAGUAAGCCAUCUAAGACAUGAAUAAGACUUGUGCUUGUGUGUGUUGCAAUAAAAGUGUCCCGGAAAUGAUGGGGAGGGUUCAGUUUUAGCUGUAGUGGAUUAUGUCAGCAAUAGUAUAGUGUUAUUAUUCUGAACAUUAUUAUUAGGAUGAUUAUGGUAUGAGUAGAAAAAGAAUGGGUUAUCAUAGUUAUUAUCAUCAUUAUCAUCAUCAUUAUUAUUGUGCAUGUUGUGAGAUGAUUCAAGCCUCCAAUAAACGUUUGUUGUUAUAACAAUUAAGUCUGGUGCUUGUGUGCGCUAAACAUUACAGGAAUAAUACUGACACCUAGUGACCAAUAUGGAAUAUUACAUUGCAUCUUUGAACCCAUCUUCUGAAUGGCGUGUUUCAUAUUUUAGCCUUUUUCAUGCUUGAAAAUGCUUAGAUUCAGCAAAAAAGUAUGUCAAAUUUGCAUAAAUAUAUAAAUUUUUGACUAAUAGGCCAUAUUUAAGUAUGGCACAUAUGUAUUUGAAAAACCAUGAUUGCAAAAUUUGAACUGUGAUGUUGUGAGGCGCGACUAUACGUGUGCCUGUUUACAGAUGAGAUACUGCAGUAGCAUAUUUCCACCCUGCACAUUUACAUUUAUGCUGUACACUUUGAUACACAAGUCGUGAUAAUACAUAAUGUACAAAGGAGGUUGUGUUUAUUUUUAUUGCAUGCAAUGUAUUUUAUGUACAUUUUUCUUUUCUUUUUCACUUUAAUGUUUUUUUGUUUUUAGUGUAUUCUUAUUAGCAAUCCACUGUGUAAAUGUGGCUACUGUAGAAAAGUCAUUUCCUGCAAAGGAUCAAUAAAGUAUCUCUAUCU